AUGCUCGACGUAGUCAUCGUUGGAGCUGGCAUCGCCGGCCUCUCGGCCGGUAUCUCUCUUCGCCGCGCGGGCCAUCAAGUGCGGAUUUACGAAAGAUCCUCGAUGAACAACGAGACAGGCGCCGCCAUCAACCUCACCCCGAACACGACAAGAUUCCUCACCCGCUGGGGUCUCGACCCCGAGGCACUGGGCUUCGUCAAGGCCGGACCCAUUCACCUCCAUGAUCCCGCGACGAUGGAGAUUACGGCGACCGAGUCCCAUGCCGACAGCGGAGAGCUCUUUGACGCCGAUCUGUGGUACGCCCACCGCGUGGAUCUGCAUGAUAUCCUCAGGAAGAUGGCGACCGACUCCGCAGGCCCGGGCGUUCCCGUCACCAUCCUUGCGAACUCGUCGGUUGUUAGAUAUAGUCCCGACCUGCCGGCCAUACACCUACAAGAUGGCGAGGAGGUUCGAGCCGACCUGGUCGUGGGCGCGGAUGGCAUCCACUCCAUCGCAUGCGAGACGGUUCUCGGCCGCACGAAUCCCCCAUUACCACCCAAUCACUACAACUCUUGUUAUCGGUUCCUAAUUCCUGCCGAAGUCCUCGAGGAAGACCCUGAGACCAAGUUUUGGAAUGAGAAUGUAGAUGGACUAGUCCGUCUGUUUCCUGAUGACAAGACCAACCGAAAUCUCAUAUCAUACCCGUGCCGCAAGUAUGUAUCGGAGAACCAGGCUAGAAAGGACAUGCAGCUGACGAAACAGCAACAAAAUUCACAACUUCAUCGGCAUAUCUUUUGA